CGGACGAUAUUGGUGGACAUGGACAAUACAGUAGUCGACUGGGACGGGAUGUUCAUCAAGAGGUACGGGCGUGCCAUCGGAGCCAACGAGGCCCGGCAGCAGGAGAUCGAGUCGAAGAUCCGCAACAGGAAGCACUUUGAGAUCGAGCACAACUUCGACGAGCAUGAGCGUGCGCAAGUGAUGGAGGUCAUCGCCUCCCCUGGGUUCUUCGCUGAGCUCGAGCCGCUUCCUGGUGCCAUCGAGGCGCUGAAGGAGAUGGUUGAACGGGGAGUCGAUGUCCGCCUCGUCACGGCUCCUCAUCCUGUCUGCCCCGGCCCCUGCGCUAACGAGAAGUACGACUUCCUCCUCCGACACUUCGGCAGCGACUGGAUCGACAGGAUGAUCAUCACGCGCGAUAAGACACACGUGGUCGGAGCAGCUCUCAUCGACGACAAGCCAGCGGUCACAGGGUCCGCCGCCUCACCGUCCUGGAACCACGUCCUCUUCGAUCAGCCGUACAACAGGCAGGUAGAGGGCAAGAGCAGGCUGACGGAGUGGGUGAACUGGGAGAACAUUCUAGCCGAUGCCCUCAAGCUAUGAUCACGUCAGCUCCUCCUCUUGUCACCGACCUGACUGAUUGUUUCAUCCC